AUAGUUUACGGUAUUAGUACAAAUAUGGCCAGACAAAACUUCGUAGGGUUAGUCAUCUCCCAGGGGAAGAUGCAAAAGACCGUCAAGGUCCGUGUUUCUGGAAGAGUGUACGACCGAAAGAUUGACAAAGAAAUUAUUAAAAGAAAAGACUACCUUGUCCAUGACGAAGGUGAGAUUUGUAAAGAAGGAGAUAUUGUCAGAAUAGAAUCCAUACCCAAACGUUCAUCCAAAAAAGCAUUUGCCGUGGCUGAAAUCAAAGUUAAUAAGGGUCAACAAUUCGCCUUGUAUCAAGAUAUGGCUAAGGAAAGAGUGUCUCAGGAAAUUGCCGAUAGACUUAAUACCGCACAGAAUGCACAAGCGGAAGGUGUACUCAGCAAGAUUGCUGAUUUGAGAAAAUUGGAUAGUUUGACUGAACAAGUUGUAAAUGCAUCUUCUGAAGAAAUUGACGGAUUGGUCAAUGAAAUUGAACUGAUUAAACAAAAGUAUAAUAUCUCCCAAUGGCCAACCACCGAUGAGCUCAUUGAAUUAGAAGUCAACCACGAAGCCAAGGCAGCUGACGGAACUCGUGUUAACAACAUCAAGUAUAUUUUGGACGAAUUAUUGAGUCAAGCAAAGUAUGAAGAGUUUGUCAAGGACGUGGUGAAUGAAAAGGCAAAGAAACCAUUUGAAGAAGUGGCUAGCUCGACCAAGAAGAACAUAUUGAGAAAGUAUGUAUUGAAUUUGGAAAACCCAUGUCCUGUUCCCAUUCCACACAGUGUAUAAUAACCUCAGCUUGUAUAUAGAGAAUUUACAUAAAUUUUGUUC